AAUUUUCGAAAUUUUACAAUCUAGGAGCCAAGCCAGCAAGGAUUUGAUAGAAAGAGGUUGCGACGUUUGGUAGCGGCUCACUCUUCUUUCUCCUUAAAAAAAAGCCGUUAGGGUUUAUAUCAUAGCAACCGCGGCGAGAGCACGGUUGAUCAUCAUACCAUCACCGGCGCUGUAUCAGCUUGAUUUGUCCCCCGCAUACCCUGGAUUCGUGAAUUCUACUUAUCUGAAUUCGAAUCAUCCAACAAUUUUGCGAGGGUCCAGACAUGGCGGAGGUAUCGAUGGGAAGCAGCAGCAGCAGCACGGAUCUGUCUCCCGAGGAGGAGCGAGUUUUCAUUAGAGACAUUGCUAUUGCUGCUGAGGCUAACAGCAAGGAAGGCGAUACGUUUUAUCUCAUCACUCAGAGAUGGUGGCAAGAAUGGAUUGAAUAUGUGAAUCAAGACCAACCAUGCAACACAAAUGAUGGGUCUUCAUUGUCAGAGCAUAGCGACUCUCCUGGCUCAAGCAAUCUAAAGAAGCCUUCUAGGAUUGAUAACUCUGAUUUGAUCUAUGAAUCUGCACAGGAUGACCCAACUAAUCCCAGUGAGAUUAUUGAUACACUUCAGGAAGGCCGCGACUAUGUUUUGCUCCCUCAAGAAGUGUGGAACCAAUUGCGCUCAUGGUACGGGGGUGGCCCAACUCUGGCGCGGAGAGUCAUUAGCUCGGGUCUCUCUCAAACAGAAAUGGCUGUGGAGGUAUACCCUUUACGUCUUCAGCUACUUUUGAUGCCAAAAAGUGACCACAGUGCCAUAAGAAUAAGCAAAAAGGAAACUAUCAGAGAGCUCCAUCGAAGGGCAUGUGAAAUUUUUGACCUCAACUCAGAGCAUGUACGUAUUUGGGAUUAUUACGGCCACCAAAAGUAUUCUUUGAUGAAUGACUUGGAUAAGACACUGGACGAUGCUAACCUACAAAUGGAUCAGGAUAUUUUGGUGGAGAUGCUUGACAUCAAUGGUACAGCAUCAACUGCUCACAUUCAAUCUGUUCAAGAGAAUGGAUUGGUGGAUGAAGACUCUACUUCUAUUCUCAUUGAUCCUUCUAAAUCGAGCUUGUCAGUUGCAGGAGGUUUCUCUUCAAACAGGAAUGCAUUCAGAAGUGGUAGUGUAGAAGUUUCACAGUCUUUUGAUAGCACAUACAGUAGCACUGGUGUCACCACAAGGGGAUCCACUGCUGGCUUGACAGGGCUGCUGAAUCUCGGGAAUACCUGUUUCAUGAAUAGUGCAAUACAGUGUCUGGUUCAUACACCUGAGUUUGCUAGUUACUUCCAAGAAGAUUAUCAUCAAGAGAUAAAUUGGCAAAAUCCUCUGGGCAUGGUUGGAGAAUUAGCUCUUGCAUUUGGUGACUUGCUUAGGAAGUUAUGGGCUCCUGGGCGUACACCAAUUGCUCCCCGUCCAUUCAAAGCAAAAGUUGCUCGCUUUGCUCCUCAAUUCAGUGGAUACAAUCAACAUGAUUCGCAGGAGCUUUUAGCGUUUUUGUUGGAUGGUCUUCACGAAGACCUAAAUCGUGUUAAACACAAACCAUAUAUAAAUUCUCGAGACGCAGAUGGUCGCCCUGAUGAAGAAGUUGCUGAUGAGUUUUGGGCUAAUCAUAUUGCUCGCAAUGACUCAAUAAUCGUAGAUGUUUGUCAGGGGCAAUACAAGUCAACGUUAGUAUGUCCAGUGUGCGACAAGGUUUCCGUAACGUUUGAUCCCUUCAUGUACCUAUCUUUGCCGCUUCAGUUCAACACAACACGAGCAAUAACAGUGACAGUUUUUUCUUGUGAUAAAACUGCAUUACCUUCCACAAUCACCGUCAACGUUUCAAAGCAGGGGCGUUGCAGAGACUUGAUGCAGGCAUUAACAAGUGCGUGUUCCUUGAAGCAAAGUGAAGAGCUGAAGCUUGCAGAGGUCCGAAAUAAUUUGAUCCAUAGAUUGUUUGAAGACCCUUUAAUUCCAUUGUCCACUAUCAAAGACGAUGAUCACCUUGCUGCAUACAAACUUCCAAAGUCUCCAGGGAAUAUGGUUUUGCUUAGACUAGUACUCCGCCGCAGAGAUCAGAAAGCUGAGGAACGUGAGAGUACAGUGCAAUUGAAACCUUAUGGAACACCACUUCUCUCAUCAGCUUCACGUGAAAAUGCGCUCACCAAAGGAAAAAUCCAGUGCAUUGUCCAAAAUACGCUUUCACCUUUUCGGAGGGAAGAAACUAUGGGCAAGAGAGGAAAUUCUGAUUCUAGCAUCCCUGAGAGAAGGUCAGCCCGGUUCAAUAAUUCCGAGGAAGAAGAUAAAAAUGGUGGAUCGAAAAAAGCCAAGAAAAGCAGUUCCUCCGACGUGAUUGCAUCUAAAUUAUCCAUGCAACUCAUCGAUGAAAAUAACAAAACAGUUAAUCUGCCAGACGAUGAAGCGGAAGCGAUUAAAUUACCAUCAUCGGCAACGGUAACCAUAUAUUUGGACUGGACACAAGAGCUUUCUGGUAUUUAUGAUAUAACUUGCCUUGAGAGUUUGCCUGAAGUACUCAAAUACGGACCUGCUACCAAGAAGGCUCGAUCAGAACCUCUUUCUUUGUACGCCUGUUUGGAAGCUUUUCUACGCGAAGAGCCUUUGGUGCCUGACGAAAUGUGCGGACACUACACCGCACAUAUCAAGGUUCCUUUUCUAUCGCUCUCAGUUUCAGUCUCUGUAUAAACUAUUUGACAUAAUAUUGAUUCUGUUGUCAUCGUGUUACUCGCAAGUCGCAAUGUAUAUAUAAAGUCGAUAAUUUAUGAAAAAGAAAUUAUGAACUAACGUAAUCAAUCAGUAUUUAUUUCUAGGAAAAAGUUAAAUCUUCAUUGAGUCGUACCAUUGACCAAAGAAAAAUAAGUCGUCCCAAACUUAUCUCGCAAUUCAAUUUAUCUUUUUCUUCUCCCUCGCUAUCAAUGGCGGAUCAUCUCUUUCUCUCUCCUUUGUCAAUCUAUCUAUCUCUUCGUUUCAUACUCAGCACAAACAGUGUCUCUUACAAGCGCCUAUGGCACCCAUAGUGAUCCUAGCGGCCGCCGCGAGCUCUAUCUUCAUCUUGAUAUUCCUCAUCUCCGUUGUGUUCGUAUGUCGACGCCGCCACGCCAUCAAAAACCAUCCUCGCCGUUACCAAAACCACAUCCGAGCUCAGAACUGCCCCGAUCCGUCGUCUACUCCCAGUCUCAGCUCAGUUGCGGCGAGCGAAAGCGCGAUCUUCGAUCCUUCCAUCUGCGAGAUAUCCAUGGCCGAGCUCUCCGUAGCGACCAACGGCUUCUCCUCAGAUCUAAUAGUCGGCGACGGAAGCUUCGGUCUAGUUUACCGCGCAAAGCUCUCAAACGGAGUCGUAGUAGCCGUGAAAAGGCUCGAUCCCGACGCUUUACAAGGGCUCCGCGAAUUCAGCGCGGAGAUGGAAACACUAGGCCGACUCAGUCACCCGAAUAUCGUUCGGAUCCUCGGAUACUGCAUCUCGGGUCCGGAUCGGGUCUUAAUCUACGAGUUUUUGGAGAAAGGAAGCCUCGAUUCUUGGCUACACGAGAACACCGACGAAGCUUCUUCCCUACCGUGGUCAACACGCUUGAGCAUCGCCUACGGAGUAGCGAAAGGGCUGGCUUACCUUCACGGCCUUCCGAAACCGAUCAUCCACAGAGACAUUAAAUCGAGCAACGUGCUGCUAGACUCGGAGUUUGCGGCUCAUAUAGCGGAUUUCGGAUUGGCGCGCAGCAUCGACGCGUCGAGGUCGCACGUGUCGACACAAGUGGCGGGGACGAUGGGAUAUAUGCCGCCGGAGUAUUGGGAAGGGAACACGGCGGCGACGGUGAAAACAGACGUGUAUAGUUUCGGCAUUUUGAUGCUGGAGAUGGCGACGCAGAGAAGGCCGAAUUGGCCGGUGGUUGUAGACGGGAAGGAGGUUGGGUUGGCCCAAUGGGCAGUAUCACUGGAAGGGCAAAAUCGGUAUUACGAAAUGGUCGAGUCAAGCUUCCUUGGUGAAACAGAGGAGGUGGAAGAGUAUUUUAGGAUUGCGUGUCUUUGUAUAAAAGCGGCGACUAAAGAACGGCCUACAAUGAAUCAAGUCGUGAAAUUGUUGGAAGACUUUUUGGCCGAGUGAUGUAUAGUCAAUUUUACUUAUGACGACAUAUAGUAGUAUCAUUGGGCUUAAAAUUAAAGUAGUAUUUGUAUAUUAUAUGAUCAAUCAAUUUGUGAUGAUUCAACAUUAAUAGUUUCUUCAUCGAAGCGUGGCCUCUCUUCACGGAAGCACCCUCUAUCUGGUAAACAGCUGAUACAGUAGUAUGGGCAGCGGACACUACACCACACAUAUCAAUGUCAGUUCUUCUAGCACAGAAUUAUAGCCAA